GUGUGCAUGUUUGUGUUAGCCUGAUCGCUAGAACAAGGAGAGCAUAUUGGAGUGGUGUGUGUGCUUGGUGAAAUUGCAGCUUGUGAAUUUGAGGAGGGAGUUCCCAAACAUUUCAAAGAGGGCUACACAUGUGUGCACCAGCAUCUGCUUUCAGAAACUCCAUAUUAAGAUGAGCACAGUCCUGCAAGAGAGGAUACAUUCUUGUGAGUUUGGGUUAGAAGACAGGGGAUCUUGACAUAUUAGAGAUUCAUUAACUCCCUUAUUGAUAUCUGAAGAAUGGAGGGAAAUAGGGUAAAAGCUGCAAAAAGAAAGCAAAAGGAGUGACUUUAGAGUACCAGAAAGCCCAGAUGGACAUGUGUGGAGAGAAAGUCAGCCUGAGUUUGUUGCUUCGCUUGGCUGUUUUACUUAUAGCUGUAUGUUUAUGCAUUCAUAUUGUUUACCUGGAAACAAGUUGGCAGAGUUCUCCUCCACCCUUGACUUUGGGACGUCCCUCCCAUCAUGAUCUGAACUGGAGUCAACAAACCAAGAUGAAAAGUGGCUCUUCAAAAAAACUGGAGAAAACAUAUGAAAGCAGAAAGUCCUCUCUUUGGACUCUCAGAAAAAAGGAACAUCCCCACCCAUCGCCGGCAUGCUGCCCACCACUCCAUCCUCACAAAAAGGCUUUGCGUUGGCAUAUAAAUCCACAGCCCUGGGCCAGUGAGAAUCACUCUCUGGAGGAUGAAGCUAAAAGGUUCCUCAGCUAUAUCACAACCCCACAGGUAACCUGUGCUCCAUUAGUUGAUAAUUAUGCUGCUACAGAACCAUCGGUUGGCAACUGGGCGGUUUGCCUGGAUCCAGAGUUCAAUCUGGCCCAUAGGAUGAAGAGCAAGCACUGUAGGGUUUACUCUUUUGGGUUGGGAGGGGAUGAUCGGUCCAUGGAUCAUUUUCUUGCACAAUCUGGUUGCGAGGUGCACUGCUUUGAUCCCAGCCUGGAGCAGCCUCACCUGCAGAAAGCUGAAAUUUGGUUCCAUCGGAUCUCUCUAGAUUGGAGGGACCCCAGCCCAGCUAUUGUCCCUAAAAGACAAGUGAACAACAAAAAACUUGCCACCAUCUUGGAUGACUUUGGACACAGAGAUGUGGAUGUACUAAAAGCAGACAUGGAGAGUGCGGAGUGGAAGAUUCUGGAGAACCUGGUCCUGGAGGGCGUCCUGGACUCUGUGGGUCAGUUGUUGCUGGAGCUUCACCUGCACUGGGCGGGCUUUGAGGUAGCCGGCGAUGACCCAUCUGUGGUGCGAUACUGGUACAGCCUGCUGAAGGAGCUCGAACGCGCCAGUUUUCGCCUGUUUCACGUCCGCAACAACCCCAACACUCCUCAUCUCUUUUUACACAAGAACAUAAUGAAUGCCACCAGCUCCUACACCUUGAGCUGGGUGAACACAAGGUGGAAGCCUUCAGGCUCAGCACAUAAACAUGAUGAAUAGCUGCUAUUGUGACUUUAUCUCAGGUCUAUGAUGACCUUCUACAUUGAGGAGGUAAUUACUUCCAGAGAGUCUUUCUCUUUCUAGCUGUUAUAUUGUCGUUAGCAGGUCAGGUUGAUUCAGACACUGUUGAAGCCUGGCCCACAGCCAAUUGGUGCAUCUUUAUAAAAAGCUAUGGCCAACAGGCCAAAAAGGCUGCACAGCUGAUGAAAACACACACUGUUGCAAGAAGCAAGUAAAUGAAAGAACCUGCCUCAUUGGGAGCAAGUGCACACUAAAAAAAGAGGUUUUUAGUUUUUUGUUAUAACAAUGUAGCUAAGUUUACCUUUGAUACAAGAGCAUUGACAAAAAAUACUGGUUCAAUUUUGGUGGUUUUUUUUACCAUCCAAUGCUGGAGAAAUAAUCCUCUAUAAACAAUAAUGGUUAUCCAAACCCAUCCAAAAAUCUUGAGCAAUGCCAGGCAAAACAAGGCAUACUAGAGCCAGUACUAGAGUUGAAGGGGAAUGAUGGGGGAUGGCAUCCCCCUUCUUCCUGUAACAUUUUAUUAAUGAAGGUGUAAAAUGUCUACAACAUUGACAGUAAUGGCAAUAAUAUUGCCCUUUCAAGAUUUGGAGGGCUGUGGGAUUAUGAGUAGCCUGAGCAGAAUAAAUCAAAUCAAAGAAGUGGCCUACCAUGACUAUGAAGCUGAUCCCAGUGAAAAUUUAUUCCUCUGCAUUUGUCCUUAACUAUGUAGGGGCAGUGAUAGCCAUGCCAGUCCAGGGACUGACUGCAGUUCUACUGUAAGGUGCCUCGGUCAAGGUCAAUGACCGGCGUACCCAGUAGUCUAAUU